GGCGCGUGCUCCAUCAUGGCGGCCCCCGCUGUAAAGAUGGUCGGUGUUUCUGACUCCAGCAGCAGCGACGACGAAGUGCUGAAACGAUGUCGAGAGGCAGUUUGGGAGACACGAAGUGACAAGAAAAAAGAUGGGGACAGCAAUGUGCAACAGUCAAAGCGUGUUGUUGUUGCUGACCACGACCACGAUGGCAACAAUCUCCAGGUCACCCAAGGGUUUCAAACACAUGUUGCCAAAAAGCUGGGGCACUUUCUUGACAGUUCCAUAACAGAGAUGAAGAUGGAAACCUUCUCCAGAGUGCAGUCAGCAAAAUGUGAUGAUGAUGAUGGAGGAUUUCGUCUGUUUUCUACGUCCGUCCCGGGACAGACAGUUGAUGAUCCUCCAGCCCCCGUGAGGCGGCGGCCUGUUCCUAGCUCAAGUGACAGCGACAGUGAGAUGGAAACAAGGCUGAGGGAGGCAGCGGUGUCGGUCAAACAUCUCUUACCCCCAUCAUCACUGCCCUCGACACUCUCCGCUCCCUCAGCAGAGCUUCCGUGCUCUGAAAAAAUAAAGAAAAAGAGGAAAGAGGCAGAGGGAGAGGAGAGCCAUGUUGUAAAGAAGAAGAAGAAAAAGAGGAAACAGACUCAAGAAGAGAGUGAGCAGGCGGACUCUGUAGGUUCUCCUCUUAAUGCUCACAGAAACGGUGAGCACGGGGACUCGGAGCAGGAACACACACAAGUCAAAGUAAAACGGAAAAAAAAAAAGAAGCGAGAAUUACACACAGAGGAAGCAGCUUUGAACUGAAUU